AUGGAGUGUAACGAAGAUGAAUACAUACAUUUGGACCUGGAUUCCCUCUUUAGAGAGGCGGAUGAGCUCGGGGUAAUGAAAACACUGCAGAUGAUGCAUCUAUGUUCUCACAAGCUCGAAUUAGACAUCAAGUCGCUUGUAACGAGUGAAUUGGACUCUGUGCUUCUAUGUGUGACUACUAUACUCGAAAUAUGUUCUCUGAUUAAAAACUCCAGGACUAAUUUAGACAAUGUAGGCGCUUUGAUCAAAUCUUUUGGGUUUUACGACAAGUUUUCCUCAAGCAAGGCCUUGGACGAGCCUUUGGACGGAUCUUGUCUCUGUAUUGUCUCCGAGUGGCUCAAGGAGGAAAGUGACGGAAUGCGAGAGCUCAAAAGUCUCGACAUUGACGCUUUGCUGGCCAAGAUACCGGAUAAUUCCAAGCUUUUGUUGACGUCAAUGGCGAUGGAUGCGCUCCAGACCACAAGCAUGAAGAAUUACCGCCUCCUCAAGACCAACAAAGUGCUCCAGUCCUACCAUCUCCUACACACAAAAUCGCCAGCUCUAAUAACAAUCAUAGAGUGCAUUGGUCCUGGGCAUGUAAAGGGGAUCAAUGAGUUUGUAAAGGAUAUAAAGGGCUCUCUCCAGUUUCACAUUGACAAGUUGAGGUCACACUGCCUGGCGGUUCUUGACUCGAGUGACGUGAAUCUCGUUCUUGAAAUACUGUUCACCCUUAUUCUAUUGUCUGGAAAAGCCGGUUUUGAUCUUUCUGGAGGCCAAGAUGGUCUCGAAAGCGUACUAGAGAGGAGAAGUAAGCUCUACAAAAUCGCAAUUCACAACUUACAAGUUGGCUCCUUCAAGAGUUUGGAAUCGUUAAUGCUACAGUUUGUUGCAAAUUACGUCUUUAUAGCUGCAGUUGAAGCCAUUUACACAAAACAUGGUAUAAAAGUGGAGCUAGAAGAGCAUAUGCAUGCGGAUCUGUUUGCUGUGAUUCUAAAGAAGCAUUUGGCCUACUACUCGUUGAACGAGCUUGGAACCCUGUACAAUAAACUAUUAGACUAUCCGCUAGAUGUAACUAUAAGCAGUCCCAUCGAGUUUGAUGCGGAUGCCGCUGUAAAGGAGGGAAUUUCAAAAUUACAUGACUGCAUUUUGGAGACAUUUAAAAUGUGCGCAUGUGACAAAAUAUCAAAAUCCAUCCUUGCUAUUAGCUCGACAAUUUGCAAACCUGUGAACAUAUCUGUAGAAUCACUUUACACGAAUGACGGUGUGAAUAGUAACUAUAGUGAAUAUUUUAGCUGUAAUGAUUUAAUGACAAAUGAUAGAGAUGAUACAGAGAUGGAUUUAGAUGUGCUCUUUAGUGAUUUAUACGCAUUUGUGGAUCUCAGCAGGAAUUUUAGAGAUGAAUUUACCUCGCUGGUCCACGAGAAAUUAUCGCAACUUUUAAAUGUUAUAAGUAAACACAUUAGGUCCUUGCAAAUCAAGGAACAAAGCGACGAAACAUUAAUGCUAAUGGAUGAAGAAACUGACGUUGCAACUUUAGAAAUCGCAGGUUAUUUAUUUGAUGGCGUUGUACACAAAUUUUUAUCAAGCAAUAAGCUGGUGGGACUAAUUUUAUCCCUCGGGAAAUUUCCGGAACCCCUAUCGUCACAAGUUCAUGAUAUAUACGAACACAUCGCAACAAAUUUACUAGAACCAAUUGUUAAACACACGAAAAUGAUGAUCAGUUCUCUGCCUUUGGAGAGUGAUGCAUCUCAAGAUCCUUUGGAUGAUGAAAAGAAACUGUAUGCUGUAAUGAUAAUGUACGCAAGUUUCAAUAUAAAGUCUAUUGUAAGGGCUGAAAAUUCGUACAGAGAUUCGAAAUUCAAUAAUGCUGUGGAUAAGUCUGCACUAGAAAUGGCGUUUGGACUCUAUAAUGGCUUUGAAAGCGUUCCAACACAGCUGCAGAUGGGUAGAAGUGAAGAGUCAGAUUGUGUUCGCAGUGGCAUAUGGACUUAUAUAAAUAUAGACAUUUUCAAUAAAUAUGGAUAUGAUGUUUGUGGAUAUUAUAUUACUCCUAAAGAGGACAAGACUCCAAGAGGAUUCAAGACGUAUACUCAUAAAUUCCCUGGAGCGUUUCUAUACUUGAAUCAAAUUAAAUACAACAAAUCUGAACAAAAUGGGUUCGAGAAUAUCAAGUCUUGUCAUACGGAUGUUACAGUUUACUACUGGAGCCAUGACGAGGAUAAUCUCUUACCGUUAGCUAUCAGAGUGACAAAAACAGGAUGGUAUUGGGCUCAUUAUUAUUAUCAUGAAUACUACAAGAGAGAUAGUAUAGAUUCUAAUAAUUGGACAAAACAUAAAGACAAGAAUUUUUAUAGUGGAGCUUCAGAUAUUAGUAAUACCUUUAAAAAUGUUGUAGUUCUCAAACUAGAUGCGAAGAAUAACGAAACCUAUGGAGUUAAUGGAGAAAAAACUUCUACAAUAAACCCAGAUGUUAAGAUAACUGUUUCUGAACAAAACAAUUAUAAACCUGGCUAUGAUAAAUACACUCACCAUCUUCUCAAUAAUGAAUCAAUGAGAGUACUCUCCACUAAGCUUGGUAAUAAACAUAAAUCAUUCAAGGAAUCCAUUCUUGCAUCUCAGUAUAAUAGUGCCUCAGUCUACUAUGCAACUGCCGAUAGUGGACGUGAGAAGCCCCUUAUUCUUCAGCUUGGUAAUGGGAAUGACUUCUUCAAACUGGAUGGUGACAAGUGGAUUAAGGACCCUAGUAUAAAUGCUGGUAACCUUGAGGAAAAACGUAGAAAUCUGAGUGGAGCCCAUAUAAUUAAUAUUUCAGAAACCCAAAACAGAUACCAAUGUAGUUCUCCUGGUUGUGGUACCCCAAUUAAUGUAGAAAGUCAUCAAGAGGAUACUCACAAAUACACUAGGAAAAGACAUUACAUAUCUUCCAAAUUUUCAGUAUCAUCCUUCAUUGGAUCUGGUGGAGAGUCUCAAACAGGUCUUUCUUCUCCAACUAAUAUAAAUGAGGUAAAUGUCUUCUUCUAUCCUAAGGAUGACACUCCUAAGCCGCUACUUAUUCACUAUCAAGUAUCUAAUAAUCACAAGUGGUACAAAAAAACAAAAGUAGCUAAUAAUUGGGAGGAAGUGACAGAUGAGACUAUUAAGCCUACUAGUGCUACUGACCAUGAUACGAUUAAGAAGCUCCUCACUGGGACAAAAUCUGCCGCUGUACUAUCUCAAGCUGCUGCUAGUUCUGGACUGAGUAGUCGAUCUGGACUUCCUCCUGCAGUGAAGAAGGGCCUUGAGAUUGGUGGUAGCGUACUAGGAAGUCUAGCCACGGUAGGAACAGUAGGUGGUUUAGUAAAGAAGUUUUGGGGUACCAUAGUUACACAACUAAUCGCUCGCAUGUAA